GCACCGCACGGCACCGCACCGCACCGGACAGCAGCGUACUCGUGCUCGUGUGUGAGCCUGUCUGCCGUCUGUCCUUCGUUGCGUUGCUUCCUUCAUGUGGCAGCCGUCUGCGUGUUGGCCUGCGGCUGGGCUGCCUGUUGCUUGGCGCUCUCAAAGGCAGCCACCUGACACGGACACACACACACAGACAGGUGGUCGGAGGCGUGGAUGGAUGCUUCUAUGCACUUCUGAGUAUGUGUGUGCUGGAGUGGACGCAAAGGCACAAGCAGGAGUGGCGCGCGCACCUUUUGCUCGCACUCCUUGAGUGUGGUCUGGAGGCCCUCCACAAUCGACCCGGCACGCUCACUGCAGGCAGACAGACAGACAGACAGACAGACAGCGGCCGACAAGCAGCAUAGCAGCCACACACAGACAAAGAUGGACAGAUGGAUGUACAGGCCAGGCCAGGCGAUAUGCAGCGCCACGCAUGUGUGGCAGGGCAGGGCACGGCACGGCACGGUGCGGGUGUGUGCGUUUGUGUGCUGGUGUUGGUUCUCUCUCGUGUGGUGUGCACACCGCACGCACGUAGGGCACGCACAUUUCCUUGUCGAUGUAGUCGAGCCUCUUGUCGACUUGCGUCUUGGCUUCGUCGAUGGGCUGCUUGACCAGCAGCGGCCCCACCAACUUGUACACCUCUGCGUCGCUCUCAAGACACCCAAACUCCUGCACACACACACACACACACACACACACACGCACACACGAGGAACGACCGGAUGAAUGAGCGGAUUGAUGAAUGGCAUUCGCAUCAGUGUGUGCGUUGGUCAGUCAGCUGUCCAUCCCAUGCAUCAGAUUACGCAUUACCUCUUUGACCAUCUUGUUUUCGCUCUGCUGCUGGAUGAGCUUCUCGCGAUUCAUCAAAGCCUCGCGAAGCGCUGCGCACACUCACACGUGACACACACAGCAGCAGCAUUCCUCCAUCUCGGUGCAAGAGAACCGAGUGAGCACCUUCUUCAGUUUUCUUAUAGAGUUUGACGAUCUCCUGUAGCUCCUUCUCAGAUGGCGCACUCACACCCUCGGACGCCAUCCUUACCCGCAG